AUGGCGGAGCACAUCCUGUGGCGUGCGUUUGCAUGGACAUUCAAGGGUCUGUUAUGUACCUGCAGGUUCUUCUGGGUGAGCCCAUACUACUCAAUCAAAUACAUGCCCAAUGAACCUCACAGAACAGGAAAGGAUCACAGCCAUCAAGUGAAACAAAAAACAGCCUCUGCGAGUCAGGAAAUACCAGGAAGUCAUUGUAGCAGUGCCAUGCAGAGGAGACUGUCCAAAGCUGAGAGGGAGAUUCAGGCCCUCAAGACCCAGAUCACCUUUGAGAGGGCAACAUGGGAGAGGAAGUUUGUGGAAACGCAGAGGAAUCAGCAGGACCUCCGUUAUCAGCUGAUCUCUGAGACUGUAGCCAGGCCUGGAAGUUUACUUCAGGUGGGCAGCUUCGAGGACCUUGGCGAGUCAGAGGUGAAGAACAGACAUCCUUACGAUGAAAAGGACCAGGACAGCUCAAGUAAAUCACAUGAUCAACACCAUCUAAAAAGAGCAAACCUUCCGUCCCCCAGUGGGGGCUCCUGGAGGAGCCACAUCGGUCCACACCGGGUCUUUGUGCCUCACUCCCCCCUAGACCUGCGGACGGGACACCGGGUUCGAGUCCUGCUGCCCUCGGGACGGAUCAGCACAGGCACGGUUCGUUACCUGGGCCACCUGGACGGGGAGCCAGACUUCCAAAUGGGAGUGGAGCUGGAAACACUUGAGCACGGGCAGCAAGAUGGCACACACAGGGGACAGUGCUACUUUGAAUGCAAGGCUGGCCACGGUGCCUUUGUGCCAUUCACCAAGCUGUUGAUGGCCUGGGAGUGAUGACAUCACAGUCUCUAUGGGGGAGGGUCACAUCUGGAUGAAUCAUUUGGACUCUUUGGCAUCAAUCACGAAUGGUCUCUGAAAGCAAACUUACACUACCGGUUAAACGUUUUUGGACACUUUUUAUUUAUUUGACUAUUUUCUACAUUGUAGAAUGAUAGUGAA